AUACAUAACAACCAAACCUUAGCUAUUACGCAGUUUGACAAAUGCAGCCUUACAGUAGGCUUAGAGUGAUUUUCAUUUGAUCAUUUGAUUGAGGCUUCCAGAUGUCAUGUUACUAUGUGAAUACUGUGGGGAUGAGAUACUAUCAAACUCACAAAGUGUAACUGUGUACCACAAGGAUGAGGAAGUGUUUUAUGAACCACAGGGUGAUGUUAUACCAGAGGAGUGUGAACAUGUAACUGUGUGGGUACAUGGUGACAAUGUCAUAUAUACCAGAUAGGGAAGCAACGUACCAAGAGGUUAUGAAUCCGUUUCUGUCUAUGCCAAAGAACAAGGAUUAAUAUAUUCUAAGGAAAGUACAGCCCCAACUGGUUUUGUCCCUGUACUUGUUUAUGCCAGGAACGAUUUCGCAUCCCGCACCAAGAAAUCAAAACCUAAACAGAUCGUCCACACAACGUGUCUAACUGAACAUAUUCCACGGUGUGAGAAAGCAGUUUGUGAAUUUUUACAGUGUGUGUCUUCCUCUGAAAACAUCUUGCCUAUUGGGAUCCACGUUAAGUACCUGUUUGGUAUAGGACGAUGGGAAGAUAACAAAAAGAAGAAAAGGGAGAAGAGAGAUCGCAAACUCGACCAUUUUUUGAAAAAAGUAUCAGCGCUGCGCAACUCAAACGCUGGAUAUAUACUGAUUCAUCUUGUAGGUCUGGCCCCCGGGGAUUCUUUUACUGGCGCAUUCCAUGAGUUUGUGGAUACAAAGCUUUAUGACUUGAUUCAUGAUGGUCAGUUAUUUACUGAUGUUUACCGGAUGGUAAAGCUAAGUGACCACAGGGAGCUUCUUAAUUGUUAUGACUUCUUAGCUCUUUAUGUCAGUGCUUCUUCCAUCUUGACAACAUCUGACUUUAAUACAAAGGUUGCACUUGAUGACUGCAUUGUGGAUAUUUCUGCGGAUACACUGCGGACAUUUAUCAGAAGAAAAGGAGAAUUCGAAAGAACAUUCAGCUCACUCCCUUCAGAAAUACAAACUGUAAAUGAUGUUACAAGUUUACAUGAAAACAGGUCAGUUCAAAUGAAAAGUCACUUUCUUCACAAGAAAGGAGAUCAUGAUAUAGUUGCUUACAUUAUUAAGAGUCUUAAACUUUCUGAGUACAUAAGUGCAAUGAGCAAACUUCAAAAGGGUGGUUCUUUCCUAUAUGGUGUAAAAGAGGAAUGGGUUUUUAAAACGGAAUAUGGAUACGAGUCUAAAGAGAUCCGUCUCCAGCCUGUUUGUGUUGAUGAUCAAGACUAUCUAAAGGAUACGUUGAAGCAGAAGAUUUACGAGACUGUUCUUGUGUGUGACUUUGUUGGAAAGAAAGUGACUGAUGCACAUACAGUAGACAUUCGUUUUAUUCCUUGCUCGCCAAAGGUCACAGAGCUUUGUUGCGGUGAUGAACUUAGAAAUCACAAGUUAGAAACAGGUGGACAGUUUAUUAUACAUAUUUUAGUAAAACACAUGAAUGGUGUAGUGUUUUACGAUCAACGGGGACCAUUGGCUUACAAAUAUGAUCCCGCAAACAAGUCAGUCACCCUGAUGGAAAUCCAUGAAUGGUUCCAUGCUUUCACAAAGCUGCCUGAAAGCCAAGCGUAGCUGAUGCAGUGGAGAACAAAGACGGACCAAUCCAUGUCCUCGUCAAAAUGUCGAAGCUGCUGAAACAAAUCGCCAAAGAGGAAGAGCAUGACUUUACUUUAGCAACAAACGAUUUCUUCCGAGCUGACUUGAAGCACAUUGGAAACGGCAUAUUUGAGAUCAGGAGACACUUCAUUUUUGAAGACGACCGAACCGUAACACCACGCAAUCUUGAAAACUCUUCAGCAAAAGUGAAAGACUGUCUCUUGGAACUUGUAGAAAACCAUGCAUUUGUCUUAGGAUUGGAUACCAGGACUGAUAAAGAUGUAGACAGUACGAACCAUCCAAAGACUGAGCCAUGUUCCAUGUUCUUAUCAGAAACAUUAUCAGUGGCUCUGGAUUUUACCACAUCACCUCGUCCAGGUAAUUCCGUGUGUGAUGUGUUCAUCGUCUUCCCUACUAAGCCAUCUGUGGUCCUGUCACUCGUUGAUGGUGAUGAAGAGUCAAGGGAAGCGUUGGCAUACAACACGUCUGUGGCGAGAGGAGUGAGACAUAAACUCAUCAGAUUCAUGGAUGAAGAUGUGAACUCAAUACAUGGAGUGAUCAAUACGUCGACUCUCAAGGAUAGUGUCGCAUUCAAAACUCGCCUGAAGGUUUUGGCUGAGGAUUCAUCUUAUUUUGUUCCAAUGCGUUCAUUGUUAAUGAAUCCUAGGAGAUAUGAUAGAGUCCUUACAGCGUUUUGGGCAGGUAUUGCUGAGACAAAGUCAGUCCUAAACGAAAAUGGUGAAGGUGAUAACUGUAUAAGAUUUCUCACCAAAGAACAAUGUAUCAUUCUGGUGGAGAACAUCAACAGUAAGGAUGUCCAGGUCCGGUGUGUACCAGGUAGCGGGGCAACGACUCUGAUGCUGGAAGUGGCCAGGAGACUGAGCAGACUGGGGGACACUCUACUGGUGUGUAGGUCACGGGAAGAGAGGGACAGACUCAGGUCAGCAUAUGCAUCAGUGGUAUCAGUGAACGACCUCAGCAAACUGGAUCUGUCCCCAUAUAUGAACAUUGUUGAUGAAACAAACAGUGUGACACCGGAAACAAGACGUCACCAUUGGCAAUUUGCAACUUAUCUAACUGAUAUCAAGGAGCUUAAGUGCAGAAAGUGGAUUGUAGAGAGGGAAAUUGACAGAACGGAGAAACUAAUGGAUGCACUUACUAAUGAUCAGUGGAGUCGAAGGAUGAAAUAUCUAGAAGGAGACUUUGAUGUGCUGAUAUUGCUGUCGGAGAAGCUCAGACAAAACAUUGUUUUUCAACAAAAUAAGUGCAGUUCAGAGAAAAAGCUACGUGAACCAACAAGAGUGAAAAUUUUAACUCACCAAGGACCGGCUGUACAAGAAGCGGAGCUGGUUGCAUGGCAAGAACGAGUGGAACAAGAAAAGAAUGUUUUUCCUCUCCUACGAUCGGUUAUGGAAAAGGACAGAACCAAUCUCAUCUAUCAAGACAUUAAAUUGGCUCAUCUAAACAAAGCCUCCAGAGAAGGAGAAGAGAAAAUGAAGGACUCGUCACAGAGUUCUGAAUCUAAGUUCUGGAACCAACAGAACACAGCUCGUGCAUUUCAGGAGUCGUCGGACGAUGCUAAAGAUGGAUGGGAGCUACAGCACACAGAUAACGUAGAGGCAGAAGGGCAUCCUGAGAAGAUCCCUGAAACGAGGGCGGAAAAUAAAACAGGAUCUUCUUCAACGGAGAAGCUGAACGAUAUCCACACUGAGGACAGGCCGGAACUCCAGGACACAGAUGUUGGCGAGGCAGAGAGUCGUACGCAAGAGAUUGAAUCUCUAAAUGAAGAAUUGGGCAGUUUAAAAUCGAACAGAGAUCACAAAACGAGACAACUCGACAAACUACAAACUGAUGGUUUGACACACGUUGAGUGGCAGAACUCUAUUGACUACUUGAUGAGGUACCCGGAAGUUCUAUCCCUGUUUAAUGUGGAUCUGUCAGGACUGGACAGUGUUAGCAUUUUCCAUCGAGAAGACCAAGAUAAAAGCAACCUGCAAAGAAGAAUGACACACAGACAAAAUACAGUCUCCUUGAAAGACUCAAAGCAGAGGUUCUCUGGCGCAACAUCAAAACUGGUUGUAGUGGAAAGGGAAGCUGGAUACACUGCACAAGAUGAACGUCACAGUCCCUACAGGUCUACAGGUCUUAUUCAUCUUUUGAGGAGGUACCAGCUGGGCUCCCUGAAGGAAAGAGAUUUGACCACACUUACAUUUGAGGUGAUGGCAGAAGACGAGCAGCGACUCGCGGAUCUGACGGCAAAGAAUGCCUCCUUAGAAAAAGAUUUUGGAAGCACUGUACAUAUUGUUGGAGCUGAAUGCCGGCCUGAAGCUAUCUCAUGUCCUAAACGUCACCUGGACGCGGCUGGGGCCAACACAAGAUACUGCCACGUAACUACAGACGGUCAGCUGGUCAACUCGCGGCUCGCCAUACGGUAUAAGAGGCGGAACAGACUACAGAGGUACUGGGGGACCUGUAGCUCCCCCAUCCCCCUUCCUCCACCCCCCUCCACCCUCAACCCCCACCCCACCACAUCAACAUACUGGGAGACAGAGACCAGGGUGCGGGUGGUGGAGGGAGUGCCGUGGUAUGUCCUGGAGAUUGGGGUUGUGGAGGCAGGACAGGUGGACAGUGAGUACUGUGUUUCUCUACAGCGUCGCUCCUGGAGUGUCAGUGUAGACAGAUGUGACAGACACAGGGAGAGUUUCUGUACCACGGUGUGUCGGGAGGGGGUGCCGGGCGAGUGUCACCAGAACACCAUGUCCCGCACUCCCGGCGCACAGGCCACCCUCCACUAUGGCGUGGUGCUGGAUGUGGGGAGGGGGAGAGUGGCCUUCAUUGACUUGGACAGGGGGAUUGUUCUUGGCAAGUAUGAUGAGGUGUUCCGGGAGCCUCUUGUCCCCAUGUUUGGUGUUGGGCGGCUGUCAUCCCUCCGCUCUGUGGCGAUGAGUCUGAUCAGCGGUGAGGAUGUCGACAUGACAGACACCAAGAGGGCCCUCGUCUACCAAGCGCUGAGAUAGGAAAUAAACUGGUUCUGUAAAGUUGUCUGUGUAACUGAGAGAUUUCUAUCAACUGUUUCAAUGACAGGCGAGGAAAGUGAGUGAAGCGGACAUAGAAGUGUUCGGUUUGUGUUGUGUUUGUUGUGUACAAAAUACGACCAAGUUCUUCACAUGUCUGGUUUCACUACUUUCCUCGUUUCUCAUGGGACUGAAAUACAUUUUAAAUACUCACAGUAAUAUUGUUAUGAUGAAUCUAUUGCUGUAGUUGCUGAAAUUAUGUCACAGCAACAACUUUCUGAAAUGUGAUGUGACACAGGAGUGAGUGCACAGACAAAAUGUAAAAUUUCUUUCAAAACAAGAUUUCUUCUGCUUAUAUUGAUUUAAUACUAUAAAAUUAGUGUUUUAAAUCCCCACAUGACUAUUGUUACGAUGAAAUUAUUGCUGUAGUUGCUGAAAUUAUGCCCAGACAAAAAUGAGCACAGACCAAAUGUAAAUAAAAAGUUGCUUCGAAACAGAUUUCUUCAGCAUAUAUUGAUUUAAUGCCAUAACAUAAUUAAUUCCAAACCACACAUUAUACUGUUUAGAUGGGAUUGUUGAUGUAGUUGUGGAAACUAAACUGCCACAGAAAAUGAAAGUCAACCUCAAUGUCUGAUUCUGGCAAAAUGUUUAACAAACAAGAAAUGAUUAUUCCACUGUGAUGUACUUGAUACAGGGAUCCUGGUGGUGUUCUGUACCUAGUCACGUAUAUGUGUAAUUGUAUAUGUUUGUUUUGUUUGUGUGUUUGUUUGUUGUUUAACGCCGCACUCAGCAAUAUUCCAGCUGUAUGACGGCGGUCUGUAAAUAAUCAAGUCUGGACCAGACAAUCCAGUGAUUGACAUCAUGCGCAUCAAUCCACGCAAUUGGGAUCAAUGACAUGCAUCAACCAAGUCAGCGAGCCUGACCACCCGAUCCCUAUUAGUUGCCUUUUACGACAAGCAUAGUCGCUUUUUAUGGCAAGCAUGGGUUGCUGAUGGCAUAUUCUACCCCGGCAAUUGUAUAUGUACAUGUGUGACAUGUAGAUAUUGAGACCACAUAUUUAAUUUAAUCUAUAUAGUCAAUAUUUAUUUAGUGAGGUAUAUAAAAUACUGACCUGCACAAAAAAUGUUUGUUUAAAUUAAAUCUGGUGAAUAUCUCAAA